AUGUCUCCCAAGAACGAUUCUGUUGAAGACUUGGACUACUCCGAAGCCGGGGGCUCUUUGAGAACAUCGUCUACCAUUACCCACGAAAAGGCCAGGCUUAUCGAUUCGGACGACUUGUACGAAGCUCAGUCCGCAAUGAUGCGCCAGCCAUCUUCGGGGCUUUCAGUCUUCAUCUUGUCUGUGUCUAAUGCGGUUUGCAUUGUACUUCUGCUAGUGUUGACGCUCAUGCUUCGUUCUGCUCAACCGGACUGCGUGGACCCAAACACCAUACACUUCCCUAAGAAGCCGAAAUGGUUUCCGCCUGAAAUUCCAAUCACCACAAUUCUGGAAGCCGAAGAAUUAUACACUCAAGCUCCCAACGAAGAGGAGUUGAAAGCUUGGGAUGAGUUGAUGCCUCUCGGUCGUGGUUUGGUGAUGCUCGACAACGAGACGGCCAUUCCCGAAAUGCCGAACCUCGACCAAUCACUUCCACGAGGGCCAUCAGCGUGGAUUGCCAUUGCUCACCAGCUGCACUGCCUGUACUCUACCAAACACGCCUUCUACGAUAUCUACAACAACCAGGGCAACGCCGACACCAAUCGCAAGAAGCUUUUCGGCGCCGACUGGAACCUGGAGCACCUCAACCACUGCUGGGACUACCUUCGCCAGGGCCUCAUGUGCAACGCGGACGUGACUCUGGAGUGGCGCGGCAAGGUGGAGGGCACUGGCUGGGGCUACCAGCGCCAGUGCAAGGACUGGAACGCCAUCUACCACUGGAUCGAGAACCACAGGCUCACAAACGACCGAGGCAUCCUCAGAGACUUGACCAAAGCGCACCCGCUGGACACGUCCAAGGUCCCCGGAGUUUGGGGCUCCGUGUAUGGCCCGAACAACCCUCCCCCUUGA